ACCGUGGUCGUGGAUAUACUGGUUGGAAAUCUUAAUUUUUUUUGGUGAUGUGCUACAACUGCCUUCCCCAGCCUUUUUCCUUUUCGGUACCUGGAAUAGGGCGGUGAAGCUGUAUCACUUUUUCCUUCUUUUCAUCACUGACAAAAACACACAGGAUUUCACCUAGGCAGUAGGAGGAAAGUGUGUGUGUAUCUAUAAAUAGUGUUGUUGAAAGGUAGUGAAACGGUGAAAGGUUCUACUGUCGAGGAAGGAUACAAUCGAAGUGAAUGAAAAAUACAUUAGUGAAAAAUAAACCCAUCGCAAAAAAUCCACAGGAAACCGGAAAAAAAAUUUACCACGAGCUAGCGAAGGCAGAUUCCGCCUAACGCCUAUUUGAAGCCUCGAAACGUUCAUCCCAUCAUAAUGGCCAUCAUCAGUGGCAGUAGCAGUGGUGAUGUGCUGAGGCUGUGAACGUACAAACGUGCAUCCCCGGGUGGGAGAAUAUUCCCACGCGACGCCCGCCGUCGGUCGUCUUCUGCAGCAGAUUAAAGUUGUUUGUCUUACACCCUCUGCCAUGGCUCGUUGGCUAUUCAACUAGUGGGUACUAUCUAGGAGCUGGUGUGUACUGCACGCGGUAUCCGUAAACCACCUGUCGAUUGUAAUUAAAAGUGAUUUUUAUCGACGGUUCACAUUUCCUUCGGAUAUCCAGUUUCCACAAAAAUCUGAAUGCUGCGGAGAAAAGAAAUAGUCUGCAUGAAUAUGUAGAAUAAUCAUUACAUUGUAGCCACAUACAUGGCCGACAAACCGAGGUGAUUCCUUGGUCUUAGAGGUUCGACAGCAAAGGAGCUUAUCCUUCACUAGUUUUUAAGCUCGCAUAAAUCAGUCGAGGGGGCUGAAACAAUUCUGAUAGAAAUACAGAUCAAUGACAAUUCAUCACAACGAUAUCGAGUGAACAUCAUUUAAAACAUUAUUCAGGUGCAUAUUUCGACGGUGUGACAUUUAGGAACCGUUAUUCUACUACAUUGCCAUCGUUGAAGAAGCACGCACCAAACGGAAUGAAAAUUAAAGUGUAAGUGUAAUUUCCCUCUGGUGUAAUUGUGAAAUUUAUACUCGUCUGUUUGGGUGUCACCGAGAAGCAUGAAAAGCUUUCAUUGUUGAGUUUAGUGCCGAAGAAUCCGCUGUUGCGUUGGUAACGCCAUAUCGAAACGAUCGGGCUAUAAAGGAGACAAACGAGAAGAAAUCAUAAUUAAGAAGAAGGUGGAUGAUUUGAAGCACAGCCGACGUUUGUUGCUCGUGUCAAUGAGAGCGUUUAUGCGAUGGAUGUAGCAGCUGGCAAGAUCUUCAUUCCACCCACCACUGACGGGUGACAACGGUGUGCACAUUAACAAAACGGAGUAAAACGAGGUGAACACGUGCUGGGUUUCGCAAUUAAUUUUCGUCAAACGGGAUUCGACUCGUUGCUAAUGCAGUGUAAGAUCGGGCACGUUGUUGCUUGUGUGUGCGUGCCGUUGAAAACGCUGGAAGAAAAGUACGAGUGAAUUUAAUCAACCAUAAAAACUCAUCGGUGCUCAUUUUCUGGUUAAACGACCCGCGAAUGUGCAAAAGUUUGGUUGAAUGAUUAAACAGCUUGUGGAAAAGUUCUCUCGAUUGUAAAAUUCAUCGAAGUUGUGAUUACGUUUAAGUGGAAACCGUUAAUUCUGGUUGGUGGGGCAUCCGCUCCUCGAAAACGGAUAUUGUCUGUUCGAUUUCUGAGUGGAAAAAGUACAAGGAGGUGCCUCCCGCCGGUUAUAAAUGCUCAGCCCUAAAAUGCAGCGAUCCGUUCGUGUCAACGAGCAUCAGCUGAUUAUGCUGUCCGAUCGGGCGCAGUAUGAUCACUCGAUGCAUGGAUACUUACACAAACGAACAGCAGACAAUAACAAAUGGCAGAUGAGAUGGUUCGUCCUGUACCAGAAUCUGCUGUUCUACUAUGAAUCGGAACAAUCAAGCCGUCCUUCCGGGUUGAUCUUUUUGGAAGGAUGCUACUGCGAACGGCUUGUUUCAGCCCCCUCGUCAAUGUCCGGUCCGCCCACUGGCAGUGGUGGCGGACAGGGAUCCAAAGCCAUCAAGGAGGAAAAGUUGCAGCACUGCUUCACAAUUUGCUACAGACGUGAAAAUCAACGACAGUACGAGCUGCGUGCCUCCACAGAGUCGGAAUGUUCAGCGUGGAUAAUUGCCAUCAGAGAAGCAAGCUUCAACAAACUGCUGCUGCAGAAGGAAGAGCUUGAACAAAAGCACGUCCACCUGCUUCAGGUCGUCGAAAGCGAGAAGACGGCCAAAUGGCAGUACACUCAACAGUGCGAAGAGCUCGCAUCCGAAAUACGGAAGCUGAGAUCGGAGAUAUGUGUGCUACGCAAAGAAACCCGCUCCAGCUACUCGGCCACUCCAGUGGGUCGGGGCAGUUUUAGCAUUCCAGGUGAAAGCCACGACGAGCACUCUUCACUUCCGGGUCUGUGCGCUUCCGUGCACGAUUCCAUCGAGCUGAGGAAGAUUAAGAAGGUGCAGAGCUUUUUUCGCGGUUGGCUGUGCCGGCGCCGUUGGAAGCAAAUUGUCGAGGAGUAUAUAAGGUCACCGCAUGCCGAGAGCAUGCGAAAACGGAACCAUCUGGUUUUCAGUAUGGUCGAAGCGGAGGAGGAGUACCUGGAGCAGUUGGAGGUACUCGUUGCGUGCUUCCUCCGCCCGUUCAAAAUGGCUGCCAGCUCGAAGCGUCCUCCCUGUUCCCACGAAGACGUAAACUCCAUCUUCCUGAACGGGGAAACGGUUUUGUUUCUGCAUCAGAUCUUCCUGAAGGGCCUCACAUCGCGACUCGAAUCCUGGCCAACGUUGGUGCUUGGGGAUUUGUUCGACAUGCUCCUGCCCAUGCUGAGCAUCUACCAGGAGUAUGUACGCAACCAUCAUUACAGUCUUCAGGUGCUAACCGAGUGCAAGAGCAAUCCUAACUUUGCAACCGUACUGAAAAGGCUGGAAGCAAAACCCACCUGUCAGGGCCGCAGCCUGGAAACAUUUCUCACAUAUCCGAUGCACCAGAUUCCUCGGUACAUAAUCACUCUGCAUGAACUGCUGGCCCACACUCCGCAUGACCACGUGGAACGGAAGAGCUUGCAAAAUGCGCGGCAACAAUUGGAAGACCUUUCGCGCCAAAUGCACGAUGAAGUUUCGGAGACGGAAAAUCUUCGAAAGAAUCUAGCCGUGGAGCGCAUGAUCGUCGAGGGGUGUGACAUUUUGCUAGACGUGAAUCAGGUGUUUGUAAGACAGGGAAGUCUUGUGCAAGUUCCACCAGGUAGAGGCAGGAUUCGCAGUCGAUUGGCUUCGUUCAAAAGCGAACGUGAUGCGGUUCGGCAGUGCUUUCUUUUUUCGAAUCAUAUGAUUAUAGCAACUCGAACAUCCGGUGGGCGAUUGCACCUACUACCGGACGUGGGUAAAAUUCCGCUGGCGGAUGCAACCCUCGUCGAAGAUCCAAGUGAAGUGCACCCUGAGGACGAAGAUGCUUCCGUGUGCUCCGCCUCUACCAGGGGCAGUACGCUGAGUGUGACUGAGUCUGUCAAUGCUGGGAAUCGAGAUUUCAAGAUAUUCGUUGAAACAAAAUCUGGAGCUAGGCAUAGCAUACAUUUGAUUGCACCGACCAUCCAGGACAAAGAAGCCUGGAUCAGUGAUAUAUCACAGUGUUUGGAUAAUAUUCACAUGCACUCGCUUCUUUCACCGGGGAUCGGUGGUUCAUCUGGAGGACAUCAAGCGCUACGUGCCGACCCGAGAUUAUUCAAGGAUGACGUUGAUAUUCGUUUCUCGCGAACGCUCAAUUCGUGCAAACUACCUCAGGUUCGUUACGCAACUCCAGAACGAUUACUGCAACGGUUGACUGAUCUACGGUUCCUAUCGAUUGACUUUUUGAACACGUUCCUGCUCACUUAUCGUGUGUUCACCGAUGGAGAAACCGUCCUGAAUGCGUUGAAGAGCGUAUUCUAUGAUCCACCGGCGGAACCAACCUGCGAUUGUGACCACCAGACAGACUUUUUGGAACUGCCAUACCAAGAUGGACGCAUGUCGCCGAGGAGAACGUCCGGUGCUAGUUCCGUUUCCGGCUACUGCUCUGAGGGUGCCGAUCGGGAUCGUUCAAUGAGCGGUGACUCGUUUGGACUACGUUUCCGAGGAUCGCGCCGUGGCUAUGCCAGUCAUCAAGGUUCGGAACAGGAAACCCUAUCUUACAUACCGGAGCAGGGUGGUCCGGUUAUCGUUCACGGAGCCUACCAUCACGAUAGUCAAGAGGAAAAGAAAAUCUCUCCAAAAUCGGAAACUGCCCACAUGCAGAGCAAAUCACAGCACCAAAUCCAUCCUCAGCCACAAGAUGAUUCGUAUCUGGCGAUACCGAAAACGAUGGCCGGCUCGAGUAGCUCCGACACUUUAACCGAAGCUGCAAUGAGUGGGCCGUCGUCACCGUCGAACCUGAGCAGUGUCACCUUGGUGGGAUCCACCGGAUCUGGAGGUCAGGAUAAAUCGGAAGCGCAAACACCCACGGAGGAUACGUUCAAAUAUGGUAAAGUACCAGCCGGACCACUGCCAGAACGUGUUAAUCCAAAACAUCGGAAAGAAAGCACACCAACAAUUUGUACGACGGACACUUCUAACAUGACACAGCAACAGCAACAGCAACAGCAACAGCAACAGCAACAGCAACAGCAACAGCAACAGCAACAGCAACAGCAACAGCAACAACAACAACAACAACAACAACAACAACAACAACAACAACAACAACAACAACAACAACAACAACAACAACAACAACAUCAACAACAUCAACAACAACAACAUCCAGCACAACAACAGCAGCAGAUCAAAAUACCUCAAACUCCGCCAACAGUAACAACUACGCCAUGUUACAGUCCUUCCACUGUCCAGCAGCCACAGCUAAUCGCCAAGGAGCAUGCAACGACAGUGUGCCAAAACGGACACGAAGGACCGAAAAUAAUAACUCAACCUUAUCUAGGCACAACAACCACAACAACGGUCACGAUAACGACGACAACUACCACAACGCCUGUCAAAAGUAUCUCACCACCUCAUCUUCUUCCAAUGGACCGGAGGCCGAGCGUUGGACACAACAUUGCCAUUCCACAUGCUGCCCUCUGUCAGCAUCGCCAUAGCUUACAGCUGAACGGCGAUGGUAGUUUCUUCGGGAAGGGCAGCGAAAAGCUUCAGCCACAAAUCAGCAGUCCCCGUCUGACCGCACGGAAGCUCUCCGCUCCGAAAACGCCGGAGCGCCAGCGAAAGAGCCUCUUCGGAACGCCACAAAGGGAACGCGACUCAUCGAGUUCGCGUCGUUUCUCCGAGAGCGAUGACGACAUGGCCACUUCGAUCUUCACGACGCCCCGCGGCUCGGUGGGUGGCGUCUCGCUCAACACCCUCUCGUCCCGGGCGUCCAUGCAGCACGACCACGUUCCGCACUGUUCCAGCAAAGUAGGAGUCGUAAUCACUUCCUAUCGACAAUCGCAGCGCAGUAUGGGGCCUGAUCCCUUGUGGAGUAGCACUUCAACGGCAGCAGCGGCUUUCGCAAUCGCUACCUCAGCUUCCAGCAAUCCUAGGGACGAGCCCCCCGAAGUGGAAGCUAGGAACCGAAAAGAAUCUGUUGUCAGUUCACCGGCUACGAUGCGCGUGCUCAACGUCCUGCGGCACUGGGUGUCCAAGCACUUCCAGGACUUUGAGCAGGACGCAGCUUUGCGCUCACAGACGAUAGCAUUCCUGGACGACAUUACGUGCAGUCCAAACUUAUUGCCAACCGAGCAUAGAGCUGCAUCCCAACUGUUACGACUGCUGUGUCGUGAUGACAUCGACAGCGGGAAACACCACCUUGAUAAGCUGUUGAUGCCACCACAGACACCAAGCAAGGAAAGUAUAGAGACUCUUUCAGCGCUGGAAAUUGCGGAACAAAUGACGUACCUGGAUCAUCAAAUAUUUCUGGCUAUUCGAAGCGAGGAAUUUCUCGGUCAGGCGUGGAUGAAAUCUGACAAGAAGUCACGUGCAGAACAUAUCAUUCUUAUGACAAAACGAUUCAACGAUGGCUCUCGACUGGUGUGCUCGGAGAUCGUAUCGAGGAGCAACAUGGCGGCGCGGGUAGCUGCCAUCGAGAAGUGGACCGCCGUUGCGGACAUCUGUCGUUGUUUGCACAACUUUAAUGGAGUGCUGCAAAUCUGUGCUGCCUUCACCAAUGCGGCAGUGUAUCGACUGAAGAAAACCUGGGACAAAGUACCGAGAACA